ACGUGUGUGGACGGGAGCAAACAUUUCACGGUAGUUGCGGCAAGGACGGCUUCUCAUUGUCUGAUGAAACGUGAAUCUUCGGGCGUAGAAAUGUGCACCCUGGCCAAGGACAUCGUUUCUUAUUUCACGUGAUUGGACUAUUCGGGCAAUCAGAGACCCGUAUCGUUCCCUCACAGCCAGAGAGCUCCACGUAGCUACUUGAGCAAGUAGCUAACCGGAGCUCGUUAGCUCAAUGCUUGUCCCGCCUUCCAUUCACGACGGGGAGCAGCAGGUGGUCGCGGUGGAGAGCGCUCCGGCUCAGCUGGUGUGCGUGACCGACGGCGUCCCUCAGCCCAGCCUCACCUGGGAGAAGGACGGCGCCCUCCUCAGCGAGCGCACAGGGGAGUACACCAUCCUCCCCUCCGGAGAGCUGGUGAUAGACGUCACUCAGGUAGGAAAAACACAAACGACCGGUCACAAGUCUGGGGUCACUAGAAAUGUCCUUAUUCUUCACAGCACCGUUUUUAUCAAUGAAGAUAACAUUAAAUGAAUCAUAACUCUCUACAUGGUUAAUGUGUACAUGACUAUUCUCUGGUGUUAAUGAAGUCUCUCCAGAGGUGUGUAGAGGCCCAUCUCCAGUGUUCUAGUGGUACAUUGUGUUAUCGCCUUAGAAGACUAGCAGAGGGGUAGAAAACCCUUUAAACCCUUUUGAUGUGAGCGCAGCUGAAAACAGUUAUGCUGCUGAGAGAAGCUCUAAAACUGGCCCCCCCCCCCCCACCAUCCGCUGGAGCAAGAGCGGAAUCAACAUCCAGACCGGCGACCGCGUCCGUCAGCUGGACAACGGCUCGCUGGCCAUCUACGGCACGGCGAGUGAAGAUGCAGGCGACUGCAUGUGUGUGGCAGCGAAUGAGGCUGGCGUGGUGGAGAGGAGCGUCGCCCUGACCGUGCACAGUGCUCCGGCCAUCACGGCGGAGCCGACGGUGGUGGUGGACGCCGGCGGCACGGUCGUGCUCGACUGUCGGGCGGAGGGGGAGCCCACGGCCACGAUGGAGUGGUCCCGGAAGGGAGGGCGCCGCCUGCUGGGCGACGACCGCUUCUCCCCGCUGUCCAACGGCUCGCUGCGAGUCAGCAGCGCCCAGAAGGAGGACACGGCCCAGUAUGAAUGCCUGGCCAGAAACCUGCUGGGGUCAGCGAGGGCCAGGGUCACGCUGACCGUGAGAGUUCACGGGGGCCACUCGGAGUGGUCAGCCUGGGGCCCGUGCAGCGCGUCCUGUGGCGUCGGCUCCCAAAAGAAGCGUCGGCGGUGGACCAAUCCUCUCCCCGCCAACGGGGGGCGCCACUGCGCAGGAUCGGACACGGAGACGCGAGGCUGUCAGGGGAAGCCGUGUCCAGUGGAUGCUAACUGGUCCGAGUGGUCUCUGUGGGAGGAGUGUUCUCGUACCUGUGGUCAUGGCAACAGGACGAAGGUCCGGACCUGCAGCACGGGGGCGAGCCGUGCGAGGGCAAGGCCGCGGAGGUCACCGUGUGCGGCGUGCGGCCGUGUCCAGUGGCGGGUAACUGGGGCUCCUGGCUGCCAUGGAGCCCGUGCAGUGACACCUGCGGUAAAGGUAUGCAGUCCAGAACCCGCCUGUGCAACAGCCCUCCUCCGGCCUUCGACGGGCCGCAGUGCGCGGCACGGACGCCCAAACGCAGGUGUGCAAGGAGACACCUUGUCCUGUGGAUGGGAAGUGGUCCUCCUGGGUGAGCUGGGGCUCCUGCAGCGUGUCAUGUGGAGGCGGGACAAAGCAGAGGACACGCCUCUGCGCCGGCCCCGCCCCCCAGCACGGCGGCAGGCAGUGUGAAGGCAGCGACCUGCACAUCGACUUCUGUAACGCUGACCCCUGCCCCAUCAACGGUCACUGGAGCCCGUGGAGCAGCUGGGGCGGCUGCAGCAGGACGUGCAACGGGGGUCAGACGAGGCGCUACAGGACGUGUGACGA